AUGGGUUCUCGAUGGUGGCUGCAUGUCCAGGCCGUCGUCUGGCGGUUCCUGAUGCGCAUUGGAAUGUCCCUGCAUGACCUCACACCUCCGCGUUGUCCGAGCCCAUCCUUUACCCGUACCCUUCCAUCCGACGCCCACGGCAAUUCGGCGGUCAUUCAUUUCUACCUCCCUCCCGAUUAUCACGCCCAGAAACGCCUUGGCCAUCGUUUUCCCGUCCUCGUCAACUUCCACGGUGGUGGUUUCACCCUCGGCUGUGCCACCGACGAUUCCCGAUGGACCACCAUGGUUGUCCGCGAGGUCGACGCCGUUGUCGCUAGUGUCAGCUAUCGUCGGGCCCCUGAAAACCCCUUCCCCGCCGCCGUCGACGACGGAGUGGAUGCGCUGUUGUAUUUGGCAGCCAACGCCGGCGACUUGGGCCUGGAUGUCAGCCGGGUGGCCCUGAGCGGCUUCUCGGCUGGUGGCAACCUAGCCGUCACCGUUCCACUGCGUCUGCAUAGUCGACUAUCCUCCGAGAUCAAGGAGCACUUUGGCCGGGCGGAGUCGACCCAGCGUUUGGUAGACCAGACCAACGAGCUCAACAUCGUUGGCAUCUUCGCUUGGUACCCCAUUCUGGACUUUUUGGAGUCCCGCGACCACCGCCGAGCCAUGAGUAUCAUGCCCGAUAAGACUCUACCGGCCUUCUUCACCACCCUAUUCGAUGAAGCAUACCUCCCAAUCUCGACGAUCGCUCGUCCGCCUUUGCGUCGCCGGUGCUGGGACAUGCUUAUGAAAGAAGGCCAAACCUUCGUGCGUCGUCUCGAGGGACUGGGCAAGCGUGUCCGGGCCAUGAUGAUUGAGAAGGCCUGCCAUGCCUGGGACAAAUCGGCGAACCCUUUCCGCGACCAGGAUAGCGUUGAUGUGCUGUACCGUGAGUCCUGUGCGGAAAUGAAGGCGAUCUUCGACCGGUGA